AUGCUCGAGUCAUCCAAGUGUCAUUUCUCAGCUCUUGGACAUGGUGUUUUUUCAGACGAGCGUGUAAAAGCUUCCGAAGGCAAAUUGUCCAGGUUUAAAGUAGCAGAAGGAGUUGAAAUCGGUCCAAUCCGAGUGUGGCCGUGCGGCCCCUGUCUCUCGAGAUCAAUUGGAGACUUGGAUGUUGGCGAUUACAUUGUGGCUGUGCCUCACGUGAAGCAGAUCAAACUUUCACCUGCUGGAGGCAGGCUUAUUCUUACGUCGGACGGAGUUUGGGACGCCACUUGCACAAAGAGAGCUGCAAAAUUCUGUCGCGGGGUGCAUCAUCCAGAAACUGCUGCUAGAUAUGUAGUGAAGUGAGAAGAAUCGUACGGGAUUCCAGGAAGCAUAAAGAAGUCGUGGAUUACGAGAUGAUACGACUUGUUUAGUGGUGGAUAUUGCACCACUCGGUUCUCAACCUUUUGCACCACCACUUAAGAAACAAAUGCGGUUCUUGAAGAUGUUUCGCUGUACCGCGGUGAGGGAAGGACAGAUUGCCAGUGAUCUAUCCAUUAUGGAGGAGCUUUUUGAGGAAAACUCAGCAGAACUGACUGAAAGGCAAGUACACAAAUUUUGCUCCUCAUCGGUACUCGCAGACAAAAACACACGUACCGAGCUUCACUUUGGCCGUUCCAGUAGUGCUUUUGUAGAACGUCCUUGUCCAAACAUGCGCUCAU